AUGGGUUUACAGAGCCAGCUCUCCGACGUAUCAUCAGAAUCAAUCCUAUUACUCUUCAUUGUUCUCAUCGGAAAAACCGUACGUUAUCUUCAGUCCCUUCUGUUCACUAUUUUGCACAACCUGGGGUUCAUUUUACCCCGGUUCGACUCGACUCAGCAGUUCGAAAAUUCUUCUUACGACGUCGUUGGGUCUGGUCUGGCCGGCCUUAUUUUCCUCUGCGAGCAAUUGAAUCUGAAUCGUGUGUUUUCCUAUACGAAUCAAUUCAACGGCUGUGAGGGUGCCGAUUUGAAUUGUGUGGUGUGCUUGAACCAGCUGGGUAAAGGAGACCACGUGCGUAAGUUAGCCUGCCGCCACGUCUUUCACAAGGAAUGCUUCGAUGGAUGGCUCGAGCACCUCAACUUCAACUGCCCUCUCUGCCGAAUGCCACUGGUUUCCGAUGAGCGCGUGGAACUCACGCAGAAGCGAGUGACCGGGGACGUCCUCUCGUGGUUCCCACUUCAAUGA